GCCGAAUCGAUGGGUUGUCAAAGUGUUUUCUCAGUGGAGUGGAGAAAUUGGAAAAUCCCCCAGAAAAGUGUGAAAUAAUGCUGUAAAGGGACUUUCUAGGCACUCGUGAGGCUCUUUGAAGGUUUAUUCAGCGAUUAGUGGCAAAAUGGCACAAAUUCUCCGGGGAAGAUUUGGGUUCAGUGUGAAAAGCUCGAGAGCCGUGAGGCCUCUGGUGCUGAAUCUCUCCCGGGUGAACUUCUCCACCCUCAACGGAGGCCAUGGGACGCGACAUCCGCACCGGAAGCUCCUGCUGCAGCAGCGCCUGCCGUUGACGCCUCUUCUGGUGACUCCGCGGCGAACGUACGCCAUGAUCGUCGCUCGGGUGCUCCGAGGGGCGCUGAAGCUACGCUAUCUCGUCCUGGGCGGGGCCAUCGGUGGUGGAAUGACCCUGAACAAGAAGUACGAGGAGUGGCGCGACGGCUUGCCGGACAUGAAGUGGCUAGACGACGUGCUGCCGGACAGUGAGCAGUGGCACAAGUUCUCCAAGAGCCUGAUGUCCGUGGGCGAGGCUGUGAGGGAUUCUAUUGAGAUCGAUCCGCGCCUGAAGAAGAUCAGCGAGGAGAAGCUGGCCGAGUGGCGAGCCUGGUUCGACAACCGGCUGGAUAAUGCCAUUGAGGCGGCGGAGACGACGGAGAAUCCGGCGAUUGAAGGUCCAUUCCAGACACUCUCUGACCUUAUUUCCGAUAUGUAUGGAGUGACCAAGGAUGAGCUGAAGGCGAUGCACUUGGUGGAGGCGAAGGGAGUGUCGGCAGCCGAAGAGGCGCAUCGGAAGCACCAGUCGAUGCAGCAGCAGAUCGAGGAGUUGCAGGCGGAGAUGAUGGCGGUACAGCUGAAGUACCAGAAGGAGCUGGAGAAGCUGGAGCGGGAUAAUAAGAAUCUGCGGCAGCAGUACUUGAUCUUGAAGACGAACAGGAAGCUGGGCGGAAAGAAGAUCAAGAAGAGCCUGAUUGACAUGUACUCAGAAGUGCUGGAUGAGCUCUCUGGCUAUGACACCAACUACACCAUGGCCGAUCACCUGCCCAGAGUGGUGGUGGUGGGCGAUCAGAGCAGCGGCAAGACGUCUGUGCUGGAGUCCAUUGCGCAGGCGAGGAUCUUCCCGCGCGGCAGUGGUGAGAUGAUGACCAGGGCGCCGGUGAAGGUGACACUGUCGGAGGGGCCCUAUCACUUGGCCAAGUUCAAUGACUCCGAGCGGGAAUAUGAUCUGACGAAGGAGUCGGAAUUGGCGGAAUUGAGGCGCGAAGUGGAGCUGCGGAUGCGCCAUUCGGUGCGCGGCGGCAGAACUGUGAGUACGGAGACGAUCUCGAUGACUGUCAAGGGGCCUGGGCUGCAGCGAAUGGUGCUGAUCGAUUUGCCGGGCAUCAUCUCGACAGUGACGGUGGACAUGGCGGCCGACACGAAGGAUUCCAUCCACCAGAUGACCAGACACUACAUGAGCAACCCAAAUGCCAUCAUUCUGUGCAUUCAGGAUGGCUCAGUGGACGCUGAGCGCAGCAAUGUCACGGAUCUGGUCACGCAGUGUGAUCCGCAUGGGAAGAGGACGAUCUUUGUGCUGACAAAGGUGGAUUUGGCGGAGGAGUUGGCAGAGCCGGACAGAAUCCGGCGCAUUCUGGCCGGAAAGCUGUUCCCCAUGAAGGCCCUGGGCUACUUUGCCGUGGUGACUGGGCGUGGACGGAAGGAUGACUCGAUAGAGACGAUUAGGGAUUACGAGGAGCGCUUCUUCAAGACGUCGAAGCUCUUCCAUCGCAGCGGCACUGUGAUGCCACAUCAGGUGAGCACGCGGAAUCUGAGUCUGGCCGUGGCGGAUCGGUUUUGGCGCAUGGUGAGGGAGACGAUAGAGCAGCAGGCGGAUGCAUUUAAGGUCACGCGCUUCAAUCUGGAGACGGAGUGGAAGAACAACUUCCCACGCCUGCGAGAGUCCGGCCGGGAUGAGUUGUUCGAGAAGGCGAAGGGCGAGGUGCUGGACGAGGUGGUGAAUCUGUCGCAGAUCUCGUCGAAGAAGUGGGAAGAGGUGAUCCAGAGUCAGCUUUGGGACAAGCUGUCCAACUAUGUGUUCGAGAACAUCUAUCUGCCGGCGGCACAAUCGGGCUCACCCAACUCCUUCAACACCAUGGUGGACAUCAAACUGCGCCAGUGGGCGGAUCAGGCGCUGCCGGCGCGCGCCGUGGAGUCUGGCUACGAGGCGCUGCAGAAGGAGUUUUUGGAGUUGCUAGAGCAGGCGAAGAAGUCUCCGGAUCACGAUGACAUCUUCGAUAACCUGAAGGCCGCCGUGGUGGACGAGGCCAUCCGCAGGUACACGUGGGAGGACAAGGCGACGGACAUGCUGCGCGUGAUCCAGCUGAACACACUGGAGGAUCGCGUGGUGUCGGACAAGGGCGAGUGGGAUCAAGCAGUGCGCUUCUUCGAGGCAUCCGUGAAGGAGAAGCUGCAGCUCACGGAGAACACGAUGGCGGAAAUGUUUGGGCCGUCGGCGUGGCAGCGCUGGGCGCACUGGAAAUAUGCCACGGAUGAGCAGCAGAAGCGGAGGAAUGUGAAGGGAGAGCUGGACAAAAUCCUCGUCAGUGACUCGAAACACCCGCCGACGCUGAGCUAUGACGAGCUGACGACGGUGCGGAAGAACCUGCAGCGCGGCGGCCUGGAGGUGGACACGGAGUACAUCCGCGAGACGUGGUAUCCUGUCUACCGGCGCCACUUCCUACAGCAGGCGCUGUUGCGCGCCUACGACGGCCGCAAGGCCUACUACCUAUACGUGACGCAGGCGCGCGACCGCGGCGACUGCGCGCUCAACGUGAACGACAUCAUCCUGUUCUGGCGCAUCCAGCAGGUGAUGAAAGUGACCACGAACGCUCUCAGGCAGCAGGUGAUCAAUCGGGAGGCGCGGCGCCUGGACAAGGAAAUGAAGGCGGUUCUGGAUGAGUACAGCGAGGAUGAGGACAAGAAGCAGCAGCUGUUGACGGGGAAACGCGUCUCGCUGGCCGAGGAACUCCUGCGCGUGCGAAAGAUCCAGGAGAAGCUGGAGGUGUUCAUAAACCAGCUGAACAAGGAGAAGUGAGAGCGCAUCCUAUUAAUUUCUGUCGGCUUCUUUCCACGUGAUUCUUGUGAUUUCCUUUCGUUUGUCAAAACUCAGUGCAUCCUCGAGUCCACACAUUUAUGAAAAUUCAACGGAUUAUUUAAUUAAAAGUAGCGCUUAUCUAGCCAGGUA